AUGGUGCUAGAAACGAAAUCCAACGACUUGUCCGAGGAACAAAUAAUUGCUACCGAACCGGCUUCUUUCGUUGAAGAAACGGACGAGAAGGUAAAUCAAAUCGCAGCUGAACCGGCGAUCGCUACUCUUUCCGGUGAACCGGAAGCCGAUGGUCCACGUGAGCUUCCGAACUUCUUUUACACAGCGAUGGAUCAGGUGGCCAGUAGUGAAGGAUUCAAUACCGGUCAGUACACCGUUGAAGUUGAGGAUGGUUCCAGCAAAGGUGAUGGAUUCGUGGGCGAACUGUUCCGAGCUCAUCUCGUCGAAGGUGAUCGACGGGAGGUGUAUCUGUGCAAGAUUCCCCCGUUGAACGAAGCACGUCGUCAACAGUUCGGAACGAUGGCAAUCUUCGAACGGGAAGUGCUCGUGUACAACAAGUUCCUUCCGCUCAUGUUCAGCUAUCAGGAGGAGAAGGACGUCGGCAGAGAGGAUGGCUUCUUCUGCACCCCGAAUUGCUACUAUGCUCACUACGAUGGAGAGACCGAGGAAGCUAUUAUCGUAAUGGAUGAUCUUCGCCUGCAAGACUACACCAUGUUUAGCAAGGAUAAGGCAGUCGAUUACGAGCACGCCCGGUUAACCAUGGAACAGCUGGGUCGCUACAAUGCGGUCUCGCUGGCAAUGAAGCGUGACCGGCCAGAAGAGUUCGAACAGUUCAAGGUGCUUGAUCCGAUGAAGGAGAUGAUGGGUCCAGGUAAUCCCUUCCUCCAGAUGCUCCAGAAAACGGGAAUGGACGCUAUCGAAACGCUCGAACCGCAUGAAACGAAGGAACGAGCCAAAAUGCAGAAACUGCUUGACAAUAUGAUGGCAGAUUUCGAACGGUUCGAUAACUACGAGCUUGCGGAACCGUACGCUGUACUCGGCCACGGUGACUGCUGGAUCAACAACAUGAUGUAUCGGUACAGGAAAGGAACACCAGAGCACGUCAUACUGCUCGAUUGGCAAUCGGCCAGGUAUUCGUCGCCCAUACUCGAUCUGGUGUACUUCAUCUUCUGCUGUACGGAUGAAGAGUUUCGCCGACGUCACUACGACGAGAUGAUGAGCGUGUACUACAACUCACUCGCAACGUUGCUCGAAAAGCUUGGCCACAGUCCGCAGGAAAUCUUUCCACGAACAGCCUUCCUGCGGCAGUUGCGUCAGUACGGACGGUUCGGGCUGUUCUUGGCUGCGUUUGUCGUGCCGAUGAUGUGUACGCGCAAGGAGGAUCUGCUCGAUAUGGACGCAACGGCUGAAAUGUUUCGCGAAACGGAAAACGUCGACAUUGCUGUCUACACGAAGAACACAGAUCAGAGCGCUUAUCGUAAGCGGAUGAGUGCGGUGAUACGGGACACCGUACGGUACGGUUACAUUUGAUUGACCCGGACACA